AUGGCCGAAUCGAUCGGGUUACCAGUUGUCCCCUCGCGCCAAAAUUGUGGCGCUAUUAUUCAAUUCUCGAUCGGGAAGCUGGAGGUGUGCGCGAACGUGCUGAACCUGCUGAAGCUCAAGAUCGGCGUGCCGCACGACGAGCAGUGCUGCCAGCUGCUGCAGGGGCUCGUCGACCUCGACGCCGCCGUCUGCCUCUGCCUCGCCAUCAGGGUCAACAUCCUCGGCAUCGUCCUCAACCUGCCCCUCGACCUCACCCUGCUCCUCAACUACUGCCACAUAGACCGCGUCGCCGGCUUCACCUGCAUGCCCAAUUGA